AUGGACUCCGACGACUUUGAGAAAGUAUUACAAUGGUAUCUGGUGGCAUUUCUGAGCCGACGACGUGGUCCUGAUUACGCUUUUCAACAGGUUAGUGUUGCGAACCACGUUAUUCGUUCCACUAAAGACUGGUUCCUUUCCCGAAAUUUCGAAGUUCUGACAUGGCCAGCUCGCAGCCCCGAUCUGAACCUGGUGGAGAAUCUGUGGCGCAUCAUUGUAAAAAAGACCUAUGCGAACGACCGUCAGUUCCAGAGGAUAGAAGAGCUCAUGCAGGCAGCACUUAAAACUUGGAAUAAAAUUUUCGAGGCCUUUCGAGACCUUUCGAAAAUGCCAUGUUGGUUAUGCGAUAUUGGGCUACAACAAGGAAGACUCAUCGACUACUGA